GACGCUGUGUGUUAUAUGAGGAUCAGCUCCGGGUUGUGGAAAAGUACUAACACGAACUUCACGACAGACAAAAUGUUUCUGGCGAAGAAUCUGAUCGGCGGCAUCAUAAAUAUUGUGAGCAACAUCGACCCCGCUCAGUUCAUUCCCUCAGACCCUCCUCCUCCUCGCAGACCUCUGAACUUCACUGAGGCUCAUGAGAACGAUGAGGAGAAGCAGUUUCGGAGGGUUUUCCAUCAGUUGGCCGGAGACGACAUGGAGGUGAGCCCCGGUGAGCUGAUGAACAUCCUCAACAAAAUCAUUUCCAAACAUGGAAGCCUGAAGACUGACGGGUUCAGCAUUGAGUCCUGUAGGAGCAUGGUCGCUGUCAUGGAUAGUGACAGCACAGGGAAACUGGGCUUCCAUGAGUUCAAAUACCUGUGGAACAACAUCAAGAGAUGGCAGGGUAUUUACCUAACCCAUGACAGGGAUCGUUCAGGUGUGAUCAGCUCUGACGAGCUGCCCAACGCCUUCAGGGCUGCAGGUUUCCCUCUGAAUGAGCAGCUCUUCAAGCUGAUCAUCCGUCGUUAUUGUGAUGAGCAUGGCGACAUGGACUUUGACAAUUUCAUUGGCUGCCUGGUGCGACUGGACGCCAUGUGCAGAGCCUUUAAGACGCUGGAUAAGGACAACAGCGGCUCCAUCGACCUGGACAUCAAGGAGUGGCUUCAGCUGACCAUGUAUUCAUGAAGCGACACCUCGACACCAGCUUCUCUGCUUCUGUUUCAUCCCUCACUUCCUCUCAUUACGUCUGUCUGUGCAGUAGUGUUUGAAACCCCUCCUCCAUCUCCACGGUAACGGGACCAAAAUGCCAGCAUAGAGCUAAAGUCAGAAAAUCAAAGUUGGACCAAAGUGAAGCCGCAGCUGCUUGUGCACUGUCCCUCUGCUGCCAGGUGGCGGCGCUGCAUCGUCCCCAUGUUACAGACCUCUGUUCUAUAUUUCCUGUUUUUAGGGCAAAGUUUAAAAGUUCUUGAUUUUUAUCAGACUGAAACUUUAUGGAUUUGACUCUGAGUGUUUAACAGAAUAAAGUGACUCUGACACAAA